AUGUCACAUGAGAAGAGCUUCCUGGUUAGUGAGGACCCCUACUCUAAUCCCCCAUAUCCUGUAGGACCAGGUCCAGUUCCAGCCCCAGGCUAUGGACCGCCCCCGUACCCCAAUACUGCCCCCUAUCCUAUGGAGGUGCCAUACCCGAAUACUAUUCCGUACCCCACUCAACCACCUAUGGGGCAGCCUCCGUAUCCUCCUGCUUACAACCAGGGGCCCUAUCCAGGAGCCCCAUAUCCUGGCCAGCCAUACCAGCAGCCUCCGUAUGGACCAGGUGGUUACCCCUCGGAGCACAGCGACUUUGGUUCCCCCAUACAUAGCACCACGUAUCACGAGGAGGGACUGCCAUCAUACAGUGACAACCAGGACUUUCCCAUCAGCCGCUGGGAUGAUAAGAACAUUCGGCGAGCAUUCAUCCGUAAGGUCUUCCUCGUUCUCACGGCUCAGCUCCUCGUCACCUUUGCUUUUGUCGCAGUUUUCACCUUUGUGGAGGGUGUCCGGGUUUACGUCAAGAGGAACACCUGGACCUACUACCUUUCCUACGCCAUCUUCUUCGUCUCCCUCAUCACUCUCAGCUGCUGUGGAGAUUUCCGCCGCCGCCACCCAUGGAACCUUGUGGCCCUGUCCAUCCUGACGCUCAGCCUCUCCUACAUGGUCGGGAUGAUCGCCAGCUUCUAUGACACAGAUGCCGUCAUCAUGGCGAUGGGGAUUACAGUUGCGGUCUGCUUCACUGUGGUCCUGUUCUCCAUGCAGACGAAAUACGACUUCACAUCCUGCAUGGGGGUCCUGAUGGUCAGCCUCGUGGUCCUCAUCAUCUUCUCCAUACUCUGCAUCUUCAUCCGCAACAAGAUCCUGGAGAUUGUCUAUGCCUCUCUGGGGGCACUGCUCUUUACUUGUUUCCUGGCAGUGGACACGCAGAUGAUCCUGGGGAACAAGCAGUUGUCUCUCAGCCCUGAGGAGUAUGUGUUUGCAGCCCUCAACUUGUACACAGAUAUCAUUAAUAUCUUCCUCUACAUCCUGGCUAUAAUCGGCAAGGCGAAGGAGUGAGCAGCGCGUGGCAGCACAACGGAUCCAGACCAUAUCCCGGAUCCUCCUCCUCCUCUUCCCCCGUGGUUCCCUGUGAAUGUUCCUGCUAAUGUUGCCUGUAAGCAGCUUCUCCUGCAGUCACUGUACUGGACCCCUUUACCGGACCAGCGGCCUCCACAUUUCUCGCCGAACCCUUCUUGCCCGUUCUUUGGUUUGUAGCUGUUGCUCCUCUGUGGCACAUGAGACACUAGUCAUUUCAUAGCCCUCAAUGUGAAUUACUCAGGCCUGGGUGUCCUCUCCUGCCUCGGUGGGAUGACGGGCUGGCCUGUGAUGGCACUGUAUAGAACUUCAAACAUUCUCCUUGCAGACAUCGGCUGUGUCUGCAUUGCAUGGGUAAGGAGAUACUGGACCAAACCCCCUCCGGAUCUGCUCUGGACAAUGCAAGCCGCUUCCUUCUAGGAGAAACUUGCAGUAUUGUGCUUGUGAACUUAGCGCGGUGUAUGAUCUAGAUAUUAAUCGCUGGAUACUAGAUGAGGUCCCCGAUUUUACGGUUCAGUUUUCAUUCCAGUUCAGUCAUUUGAUGGUCGACAUCCAGAAAUGCUCCAUGGCCGGCACCAGUCAUCAACCACCAGCGUCCUCAGCCCCAUGUGCUGAUGGCUUGGCUCCAGUGAAGGCAGCAGGCAUCCUCCGCGAUGUCUCUGAUCACUGCUUCUCCCAGGACCGUGGCUUGCUCUGCAGUGGGCCGAUGCUGUAAUGCCGCCCCCCUGUGGCCGCACUGCUCACUGCAUGAUUACCUCAAUUAAAUAAAAUAGUUUUGCUCUUUC